GCUGUCCUGACGUGGCAUCCGACCAGACGUGUAGUGGCUGGAGCUGCGGGUCGGACGCCAGUUCUGGCUGGACCGGAGAUUGCUGCUAGCGGUGGUGCAGACCGAACGCGGAAGCAUGGCCGAGAAACGCCAAGCGGAUUCCGGAUGCCAUGGACACCCACGAUUGAGCUGAACCAGCGUCAGACGCCCAGGCGGCUCUCAAGGCUGUGCUGAUCAAGGAACGCCUGCAACGUCAUCGCAAGCGUCGCCAUCUCGUUCUCCGCGUUUUCCGUGCUGUGCGUCCACCACGGCGCACUGCUGGCACGAGCGUUGCUGUGGGCACACACCACCGUUCCUAUCGAGCAGCUGAUGCGCGUUCGAACGUAGAACACGCUGCCCCAACUCAGCUGCAGAUUUGAUUGAUUGAUUGAUUGAUUUAUUGAUUUAUUGAUUGAUUGAUUUAUUGAUUGAUUGAUUGACUGAUAGACUGACUGAUUGACUGAUUGAUAGACUGAUUGAUAGACCGAUAGAUAGACUGAUAGACUGAUUGACUGAUUGAUAGACUGAUUGAUAGACUGAUUGACUGAUUGAUUGAUUGAUUGAUUGAUUGAUUGACUGAUUGACUGAUUGACUGAUUGAUAGACUGAUUGACUGAUUGAUAGACCGACAGAUAGACUGAUAGACUGAUUGAUAGACAGAUAGACUGAUUGAUAGACUGAUAGACUGAUUGAUAGACUGAUAGACUGAUUGAUAGACUGAUUGAUUGAUUGAUUGAUUGAUUGAUUGAUCGAUCGAUUGAUUGAUUGAUUGAUUGAUUGAUUGAUUGAUUGAUUGAUUGAUUGAUUGAUUGAUUGAUUGAUUGAUUGAUUGAUUGAAACACCUUUAUUCCUCAAAAGGGGCGAAGAUUCUCAGAGUCUUCGUGGUUGGCACCCCUGGUCCAGGGCGCCAGCGGCUUCCGCUACCCGCGGCGAGAGAGCGAGCUCGACCAGUUUGAGCUGAUCGUCGACUUCAGAGCUGCUGGGCAGCGGAAGUGGAGCGGGACGACCUCGAUCGCCUUUGCGGCGUCAUCAGUCACCCGUAGAGCCGUCAUUCCAGGAGAGGCAGCCGUGUCGGUCGAUAAGCCACCAGGGACCCGGAAUGCUCGCAGACUUCACAUGGGCGGAGGUGUGCCCAUUCGAAUGUGAAUGAACGACACCAUGUUCACAUUAAGAAAGAAGCAAGCGCCAUUCUCGAUGUGACCAGUGUAUCCUUCUGUGCUGCCGGUGACCGUUGAUCACGUGCACUCGGUGGCUAUCGGGAUUCUUCCAUGUCACACCAUGCCAGGCAGGGUUACAGACCAGCACUAUACGUGGUAAACCUAGUGCGCGGUCUACUUUGGCAUCCAAGGCUGCCUUUUACCCACGCACCCGGCGUCGUACGAUGGCCCGUACGCCGGUAGCUGGCCCUAAUGUAUGCGCACACGUUGGCGGUCGGGAUUGUUCCAUGUCACACCGUGGCUUGCUGGCCGACAAGCCAGCAUUGCGCGUGGUCCACUUCGUGCGCGGUGUACUGUGGCAUCCACGGCAGCCCCGGCCGGCUGACCCAGACAGCCGGCGUCCUACGAAGGCCCGUACCGCAGCUGGCCCUAAUGUAUUCGCGCGGUGUACUGUGGCAUCCACCACCAUCCUCGCAGACGACCGCCGUCGUACGAAGGACCGUACGCCGGCAGCUGGCCCUAAUGUAUGCGCACACGUGGGCUGUCGGGAUGGUUCCAUGUCACACCAUGGCAUGCUGGCAGACGCGGCAGCCCAGCAUUGCGCGUGGUCAACUUCAUGCGCGGUCUACUAUGGCAUCCAAGGCUGCCUUUGACCCACACACCCGGCGUCGUACGAAGGCCCGUACGCAGGCAGCUGGCCCUAAUGUAUGCGCACACCUGGGCUGUCGGGAUUGUUCCAUGUCACACCGUGGUUUGCUGGCCGACAAGCCAGCAUUGCGCGUGGUCCACUUCGUGCGCGGUGUACUGUGGCAUCCACUGCAGUCCCGGCCGGCUGACCCAGACAGCCGGCGUCGUACGAAGGCCCGUACCACAGCUGGCACUAAUGUAUUCGGAAGCACGCGCUAUUCUCGAUGUGACCAGUGUUCCCUUCUGUGCUGCCACGUGAAUGUGGAUAAUACGCGCGCUCCACUGUGGCAUCCAUCACCAUCCUCGCAGACGACCGCCGUCGUACGAUGGACCGUACGCCGGCAGCUGGCCCUAAUGUAUGCGCACACGUGGGCAGUCGGGAUUGUUCCAUGUCACAUCACGGCAUGCUGGCAGACGCGACAGCCCAGCAUUGCACGUGGUCAACUUCAUGCGUGGUCUACUGUGGCAUCCACGGCCGCCUUUGACCCACACACCCGGCGUCGUACGAAGGCCCGUACGCCGGCAGCUGGCCCUAAUGUAUGCGCACACCUGGGCUGUCGGGAUUGUUCCAUGUCACACCGUGGUUUGCUGGCCGACAAGCCAGCAUUGCGCGUGGUCCACUUCGUGCGCGGCCUACUGUGGCAUCCACGGCCGUCACUUGACCGGACCUCCGACGUCGUACGAAGGCCCGUAUGCCGGCAGCUGGCCCUAAGCGCGGGUUACUGUGGCAUCCACGCUCGUCACGUGACCGCUAUCCAUCCUGACAACGCACAGUCGACGUACAACCAAGCCCCCGUCAAGACGAGAGUUUCCCGUCAACGCCGCCGGUGGCGCUUCUAUCCAGCGAUGGUGGCGCCGCCCUAGCGUUAGAGUUUUCAGCGCGGUCUACUUUGCCAUCCACGGCCGUCACGUGACCGGACGUCGGGCGUCGUGCGAGGGUCCUUAUGCCGGCAGCUGGCCUUAGUCAGUGCGCGCGGUCUACUGUGGCAUCCACGGCCGUCACGUGACAAUAUGUCCGUUUUGAUGCGAGGUGCGCUCUACUGUGGCAUCCACUGUGUCAGCGGACUCACCGCCGAUGUCGUACGGAGGUCCAAAUGUCGGCAGCUGGCCCUAUAGUCUUUGCGGAGCGUGGGCUGUUCGGAUGCUUCCAUGUCAUACUGCCAGCAGUGCGAACGCCGAACACCAGACGUCGCCAACGUCGAAUUCUGCGCAGUUUCGGAUGUCGUGACCAUUCGGAACGAUCGGGCCACUGGAGGCCGAGUUUUCAUUUCAGGAACUUCGAGUGCAGCAUUACUGCCGCGUCCGGCACAGACGCAACUUCCCCGCCGAAGAACACUGGAGCGGCGGCCACCGAACCGCCUGCCUUAUAAAUGAUCGGCAACUUCAUCAAUGCAGGCUGAAUGAACCGACCUGCAGCGCGCUCUACUGCGGCAUCCACGGCGGUCCCGUGCCUGAACCCGGAUCAUCGUACGAGCGUCCGUAUGUCGGCGGUUGGCUCAUGCGGCGCACACCUGGGCUCUUGGGAUUCCUCCAUGUCACUGCAAUGUCAUUCUAGGUGACAGCCCAGCAUUUUACUUGGUCAAUUUCGGGCUCUCGGUGGCUAUUGGGAUUCCUCCAUGUCACACCGUCGCAGGCUGGGUUACAGCCUAGCACUGCACCUCAUCAACUUUAUGCGCAGUCCAGCACCACUGCCGUGUCCUGCACAACCACCAGCUCCUCGUGGGAACAAACGGGAGCGGCGGCGGCCAAAUCGCCUGUCUUAUAAAUAAUGGGCAACUCCGCCAAGCAGGCUGCAUGGACAGACCAGCAGUGCGCCAUACUGCAGCAUCCACGGGCGUCCGCAAGAGCCAGAUCCCACGAUCCGCAAGGGGGUGAUCACGGCCGCACAGUGUACAGUCGACGUACAGCUGUGCCAGAAGACCCGUGACCAGCAGCGGGCCUUAUAGUACGUCGACGGAACGGGCUGCGCGGUUUUUAAUGUCGGGAGUCACCGCACCGCACUCCACGACAUUACGGGAAACGUACAGUAUGCCUUCAAUAACAUGAAGACGUGGAGGACAGUGCAUAUUGUGUGCCUUCUAAACCUGGAAAUUGGAUUCGGAGCAUCUCGGAGCCCUCCGGAACUUUGUGCGUGAUGACUUCAGAAAUGCGAGCCAUUUGCAGCCGCUCAGAAGCUGCACUGGUGUCCAGCUAUCGUACAUCAACACCUUCUUAAUCGGGGCACAAAUCCGGCACGACGUUGGAUGGGAAAGGACGCGGAGCAUUCUUCUAGUUGGAACGCUCCCGAGGCACAGGACGGAUGUGCAGGCGACCUGCCUAUCAACGCCUUUGCAAAAUAAAUGUGCGGGACAUUUCUAAGAAAAUUCACAGUGUGCACUGAAUCACCGAAAAUGAUUUUUCAAUAAAGUGAGAGAUGGAAAGCU